UGAGCGCUUCGUCAUUUGGUUCAUCGAACGCUUCACUCGCUCUCUGUCGUUGCCGCUGGCUGCCUGGCUGCCGGUGGCGAUGGCGACGGGGUGGCUCUCCCGGGCGCUGUGGCUCUCGGCGCUCGCCGCCGUCGCGGCCCUCGCGCAGGGGCAGGGGCAGGGGCUGUCGCCGGGGUUCUACAACGCGACGUGCCCGGCGCUGCAGGCCGUCGUGCGGCGCGGCGUGGCGCGGGCGGUCCGGAGCGAGCCGCGCAUGGGGGCCUCCAUCCUCCGCCUCUUCUUCCACGACUGCUUCGUCAAUGGGUGCGACGCCUCCGUCUUGCUGGACGACGUGCCGGGCAGCUUCACGGGGGAGAAGAACGCGGGGCCCAACGCCAACUCGCUGCGCGGCUACGAGGUCAUCGACGCCAUCAAGGCGCAGGUCGAGGCCUCCUGCAACGCCACCGUCUCCUGCGCCGACAUCCUCGCCCUCGCCGCGCGCGACGCCGUCAACCUGCUCGGCGGGCCGAGCUGGACGGUGCCGCUGGGUCGCCGCGACGCGCGCAACACGAGCGCGAGCGCCGCAAACACCAACCUGCCGCCGCCCGACGCGGGCCUCCCCACGCUCCUGUCCAUGUUCCGCGCCAAGGGCCUGGACACGCGCGACCUGACGGCGCUCUCCGGCGCGCACACCGUGGGGCGGGCCCGCUGCGCCGUCUUCCGCUCGCACAUCUACAACGACACCGCCGCGGACGCCGCCUUCGCCGCGGGCCUCCGCGCCGGCGUCUGCCCCGCCGCGGGCGGCGACGGCAACCUCGCGCCGCUGGAGCCGCGGGCGCCCGACGCCUUCGACAACGGCUACUUCCGGGACCUGCUCGCCCGCCGCGUGCUGCUGCGCUCCGACCAGGCGCUCUACGGCGGCGGCAACAGCACCACGGACGCGCUCGUGCGCGCCUACGCCGCCAACGGGACGGCCUUCGCGGCCGACUUCGCCGCCGCGAUGGUGAGGUUGGGCGGCCUGGCCCCAGCCGCCGGGAGCGCCGGCGAGGUCCGUCUCAACUGCCGGCGAUUGAACUGAUUUUUGAUUUAGCUGCACGCGGCACCAUUUCACAUUGCUCAUCAAUGGAUAAUUAAUUAGUUCUUGGCGCACGCUUCA